GUUCCACUGUGCGUUGCGCGGCCCCAUCGAAGAGUAGGAAGAAGAAGAGCAGUUAAACAGCUGUGGCCGAUAGCAACUAUCGAUUGACAUCGCAAUCGCCCAAACAGCUAGUAGCGAUUAUUCCAUAUUUUCCAAGAAACGCAAAGUGGAAUUGUAAAGUUGAAGACCCCACAAAUUGGAGGGGAUCUUAUAUCGCGCGAUUUGAGUGUCGCCCAUUGAAGAAGAAGCACAGCGAGUGCCGCAAAGCAACGAGUCACACGCACGCACACAGCCACACAAAUUACGUGCAGAGCGCAAUCUAUUCCCCCAUUUUCCACCGAAAAUAAAGCAAGGCAGUCGGAAAACCAGCCAAAUUGCGACGCAUUUUGCAGAAGAGAGGAAUAGCAAAAAGUUGAAACUAAAAGUGAAACUCCGAAAGAAGUACAACCACUGCAGGAGCCUCAACAAUAACUUCGCAGAUCAGCACAGAGCAAGAAGAAGCGGCGGCCAGCUGAGAAGUGAAGCAAAGAGCAGGGUCGCAGGGGAAAUCAGGAGUAGCUGCAGCAGGGGGCGAGGAAGCGGAGAAAACAGAGGCGUAGAGGCGGCGGGGAGGAGCUACCAUGAGCAUGGUGCGGCGGAUUAUCCUGCUGGGCCCAAAAUACAACGUCUGGGCGAAGGGAAGCGGAGUUGGUCAAACACAGCACUCGGCGAGAUGCGUUAUCCUGAGCGCAGGCGAUGCGGAGGUCAGCGUUUGGGGCGUCCGACGCUUCCACCCAGCCACGCGGAACUGCACGAUCAAUCGACUGAUGAGACUGGAACCCGCGAUGGCAAUACCGGCGUACAUUGAUGUCACCAACGCCACCUCACGAACGCCAGAGGACUCCAGUGAUAGUGGGAGUGGCAGCGGCAGUGGAGCCAGUGCUUCGGGAGGCGGUGGAGCCAAAAGCCCCGGCGGUGGAGCAGGGUCUGGAGCAAGUACAACCAGUGGCGCCGAUCCGCCAGGCGGCGGCAGCGACAAGUUCCUCUCGUGUCCAAAAUGCGGCAGCGCCUGCACGCAGGUCGAAACUUUCGUCAGCUCGACGCGAUUUGUGAAGUGUGCCAAGUGCAACUACUUCUUCGUGGUGCUGUCCGAGGUGGAGACCAAGCAGCGCACUAAGGACGAGCCCAAGAAUCAGCGCAAGCCGCCACCUCCGCCGCAGAAGAUCAUGGAGUACCUCGACAAGCAUGUCGUGGGCCAGGACUUUGCCAAAAAGGUGCUGGCAGUAGCAGUGUACAACCACUACAAGCGCAUACACCACAACCUGCCGCAGCUUCAACAGCAGGGAGGAGCUGGUGGCGGAUCCGGCAACAACGGCCUGGAUGGCAUCCCGCGUCCCGACCUUCUACACAUCACCGGGAUCGGUCACACGCUGAACAGCUCGCCGGGCAACGAACUGCCGCCAAAGCCCGCCCAGAUGGGCAUGGGUGGCGGAAUGGGAGGCCACGGACUGGGGGGCGGACUCACCGGCGCAGCAUCCAGCAACUCACGUGGCGGCGGCGACCACAGAUCCGGAUCGGAAAUACUUGACCGGCAGUCCAACGAUGUCAAGCUGGAGAAGAGCAACAUCAUCAUGCUGGGACCAACGGGGUCCGGCAAAACACUGAUCGCUCAGACGAUCGCCAAGUGCCUGGACGUACCCUUCGCCAUUUGUGACUGCACCACGCUGACUCAGGCGGGCUACGUGGGCGAGGACAUCGAGAGCGUCAUUUCCAAGCUGCUGCAGGAUGCCAACUACAACGUAGAGCGCGCCCAGACGGGCAUCGUCUUCCUCGACGAGGUGGACAAGAUCGGUGCCGUCCCCGGAAUCCACCAGCUUCGCGAUGUUGGCGGUGAGGGUGUCCAGCAGGGCAUGCUAAAGAUGCUCGAGGGCACCGUGGUCAACGUGCCCGAACGCAACUCCCCGCGAAAGCUGCGUGGCGAGACGGUCCAGGUGGACACCACCAACAUCCUCUUCGUGGCCUCUGGUGCAUAUACGGGACUGGACAGGCUAAUCGCGCGCCGCCUCAACGAGAAGUAUCUGGGUUUCGGCAUGCCCUCGACCAGCGGAUCUGGCCGUCGUGCAGCUCAAUCAGCCGCCAGUCCCAUGGACAACGAUCAGGAGGAGCGUGAUAAAUGCCUGACGAAAGUGCAGGCACGUGAUCUCGUUGAGUUCGGAAUGAUACCGGAAUUCGUUGGACGGUUUCCGGUUAUCGUGCCCUUCCACAGUUUGAACGUCAGCAUGUUGGUGCGCAUCCUCACUGAACCGCGCAACGCCCUGGUGCCGCAGUACAAGGCAUUGCUGGGUCUCGAUGAGGUUGAUCUUACUUUCACCGAGGACGCGGUCAAGUCGAUAGCCCAGCUGGCCAUGGAGAGGCAUACGGGAGCCCGUGGACUGCGCUCCAUAAUGGAGCAACUGCUGCUGGAUCCCAUGUUCAUAGUGCCCGGCUCAGACAUUCGGGGGGUACACAUAACCGCCGACUAUGUCAAGGGCAGCUCCACACCGGAAUACAGUCGUGAUGCGGACGCCCCGGCAUCCGGGACUGUUGCCACGGACUCCGAUACCACAACCGAUAAUGAUAAGAACUUUGAGAAUAGUGAAAAAUCUGGUUUGAAUGAUAAAUUGGUUGGUUCGUCGUAGCUCCUUCCCUGCAACCCCAUCACUUUGUAAAACAUGACCUACUGUGGAGUGAAUGAAGGCUCCCGCAAAUAUUUCUAAAGAAUAUCCUCAAUCCCAUAUGCAUCUGUGAUUCAUAACCGACAAGCAGCGCAAUCUUUCGAUCCCCGAGCAAUUGUAAAUGGAAUUUCAAAUCCUACGAUAAUGUUAAAAUAAAUAAAAUCAACAUAUUUUUAAAUAUAUAACUAAA